AUGUUGGCUGAGAUGGUUGCACUCCAUAUUCGUGUGCAGGAGCUGGAAGAACGUAUCGCACAAGAGACUACCUUUCCUCUGCAGGCCGGCAAUGACGACAGCGAAAGCAUUCGAACGACAUUCUUUUCUGAAACCACUCGAGACGAAAUCGAGAUGGACCAACCCUCCGAUAUUCAAGAAACGAAAGAAAUGGUAGAACAUUUCGAAGGCGUCUGCAUGAGUCAGAGCUCUUUCGAACUGUCUACCACAAACCAUGUUACCUUCAAGAUCGGUCAGAUCCGCACAAUACCACCAAAAUUGACUCACACAACGCAACUCGGUAGACUAACACCAUGUAUAUGGCUCCCACUAAGGGAAGAAGCCACCAUACUCCUCGACAUCUACAUCACCGAGCUCAACUACAUUCAACACGUAACGCACACCCCCUCUUUACCAACCGUCCACGACGAAAUUUACCGUCCAAUCGAAAGCGGUGAGCCUGUUCAUACCAGCAAAGUCGUUCUACUGCUAAGUAUCAUCGCUCAUGCAACGCAUGUAUGGAGUAUGCCGGACGGACUGAACAGACAACGUCCCCUAUUCUUGUCCUCGACCCAAGCCCGUUCUCAGACAUCCACUUGGAUCAAGGCCACAUAUACUGUACUCGAGACAUUACAAGAGGGGCCCUCGCUGGCUCUGGAGGCUAUACAAGGCAUCAUAAUCUUGUCAUACGUCUUAUGCAACAUAGAAGGUGUAUCGCUACGAUAUCGCUCCUUAAUAUCAACUGGCUUGUUACUAUGUCGGGAAAUGGGUCUUCACCGGAUCGAUCACGAAUCCAAUGCCGAUGCGGCCCAGACGCUCAAAGCAGAGAUUGGUCGUCGCGUGUGGUGGUACCUGACCGCAACGGAUUGGCUCCUCGCAGCGCGCUACGGCGGACCCAACGGCGGCAUCUACCAAACCAACCCCCUCCACUUCCACGUAAACAAACCCCUAAACAUCAACGACAUCGACCUCCUCCCCACCGGCCCCCAGCCCUCCCUCCCCCUCUCCCAACAAACAGACAUGUCCUACUUCCUCCAACGCAUCCGGCUCGCAGAAAUUUCCCGCACCCUCGUCGACCAACUCACCUCCGACCCUUUCCAACGCUCCGCCCACCUCAUGACCAUGGACCGCCAACUCGUACAACUAAUGCACGAAACACCCGCUUUCUUCCUACUAGACUACUACGACAAUAUCUUUUCCUCUGAGAAGCCAAACCACGUCUUCAUCCAAGCCUACUUCCUCAACACGCUCAUCCACACUCAGCGCUGUAAAUUGCAUCUUACUACGCUGACACGUCCGUCUGCGUCGACGGGUACCUCAACGACGCCUUCGUCGCGCACUGCGUGUCUGUACUCCGCCCGGCAGCUUAUAUACCUCGAGACGAAACUACUGCAGUCGCGGCACCCGUUUGCGAGACGGCCCCAACGGCCUCCGGCGGGGCUGUAUAGUAUAUUCAUCGCUACCAUCGCUUUGCUCAUGGAUGCUUGUGUCAAUAGGUCGGGUGAAGUACAUGCUGAGCUGCAAGAAGACCGCGAUCUAGCGAAAGGGUUGCGUAUGAUUGCUGAUGCGAGGGAUGAUUCACUGGCAGCGGCGAAGUUAUAUGAGUCGCUCAUGCAGAUUUUGGAGAAGUAUCGGGAUGCUGGGGAUACGGGAGAGAAGUACGGAAGUAGUGUGGGUGGCCAGAGUGCGGUGGAGUCUUUGCAAGAUUUGCCCCCGGAUAGAUUCGGGGAGCAACAGCAUUCUUCUCAUGUGAAUGAUGCGAUACAGCUUGAUUUGGUGGAUUGGGAUGACUUGUUCUCGAGUGUUUCUUCCUCGCCGUUCUUUUAG